UGAAUAGAAAAAUCUGCUCUUUUGGAUUUGUCCCUGCAGUUUGUCAACUUCACGAAAAUCAUGUCUGAGAACUCAGAACUAUCAAAGAAGGAAACAGCUUUUGCACUCGCUGCACUCAUGGAAAUUCCGUUUCAGUACAGAGCCACCCUAACCUUAAAUUUUGACAAGGAACACCUAGGUGGCCCACGAACACGGCCGCUUCCGCCUCCACAAAAGGUGAUCGAUCAUGACAAUGCGGUCAGAUCGAUCCCACGGAUGACAGACUUUAUGAAAGAAGAGGCAACAGCUUCAGCUGCUGUGGAACUGGUCUGCCCUAUUUGUCUUACAAAUCCGAAGGACAUGGCUUUUGGAUGCGGCCAUACGACCUGCAAGGAUUGUGGAGUAACGAUUUCAGCAUGCCCGUUGUGUCGGGAACCCAUAACAACGCGCCUGAGGCUCUACACUUGAAUGGAGAAUUGAUUUGGGGGCAUCUCAGUGAGAAUUUCCAGCCCAGAAUUUAUGAACUUGUUAUGUAGAAAAACAUCCACACACAAGAGCUGGGUUUGUAUCCCAACGAGAGCUAUCAUAUGCUUUUCAUGUACGCAAAGUUUAUUGUACUAGCCUGUAAAAAUUGUCUGUUAGGUGUCCCUCCUUUUACCGUUUUGAUCAAAAAUUUCAUUUUCUUUAUUGUAACAUUGUUUC